GAGACGACUCGUCGCCAUGCCAGAAAAGAACCACGAGGAUCGUGUGGCCCACAACUCGGUACCGCUGCUCUUGUCCCUCGUUACAUUGCCUGUUGCCAUUGCUGUCUGGUUCAACGCCGUCUCGAGUCAAGUCCGCGAGCCAUAUCUCGUCUUCCACGUCGGCCAAGUCCAACAAUAUUGUCGUGGAAAUUACUGGCACUGGGAUCCAAAGAUAACCACCCCACCUGGUCUUUAUUUUCUGUCCAUCCUCUUCUAUAAGAUUACGGGCCGCUGUGAUCUGGACGCAUUGAGAGUCGUCAACGCUCUUUCUCUCUUUGCCAUCUUUUUCUUCCUUCUACACACUGCUCCUCCUGUUUCACCGCGUUCUGCUAAACAGCUGCCCUCUCAAAAGUCUACUCUCUUUCUUCCCCUGGCCAAUCUGUGUCCCCAGCAGAUCCAUUCCGCUCUCAACGUCUGCCUGUUCCCACCUCUUUUCUUCUUCUGCGCCCUUUACUACACCGACGUCGCUUCCACUCUGAGUGUCCUUUUGUUUACAAGACAUCUGCUUGAGAACAACUCGCGUGGUCCCAGUUCCUUCUUCCAGGCUUGCAUAUCCAUCAUCUUGGCCGUCAUCUCCCUCUCUUUUCGCCAAACCAACAUCUUCUGGGUUGGUGUUUUCCCUAUUGUCCUGCUGGCACUCGGCGCUCUACAUGACGGAGUCGUGGGCGAAAGACCACACGACGGCAAGUCUGUUGUUUUGCAGGCAUGGAACAACGCCACUUUCUAUGACCCUCAAAUGCGCGAUUCUAUAUUGGACGACUUCUGGCUCACCUGCAUUUCUACUGUGACAUUGGCCUUGCGUGCUCUGUACUUUCCCCGUACACUACUUAGAAUUUUGCGACUCAUUUGGCCUUAUGUUUUUGUUCUUGGACUGUUUGGCUCUUUUGUUCUAUGGAACGGCGGAGUUUCGAACCAUGUCGCCACACUGCAUCUGCCGCAGAUGCUGUAUAUCUGGGCCUAUACCAGCUUCUUCUCUUUUGGCCUUACCUAUCCAUUCAUUGCCCAAGGAUUACUCUCUGUUUUCGCGACCCUUCCGAUUGCGGCCAUCAUGGAACCACUCUUGAUCUUCAGCAGACGCAAGUUUCUGCCUCGAUCUGUAGUCCUUGUCGGUUUCGUCAUGGUAAUCGCAUUGACGGUCAGGUUCAACACCAUUGUACAUCCCUUCACUCUCGCCGACAACAGACACUUCACCUUUUAUGUCUUUCGCUACUUGCUCGCAUAUCCUGCCAUCAAGUAUCUCGCCAUACCAAUUUACAUGUCUUGUGCAUGGUCUGUCCUGCAAGCACUCGGAGCACCUGCCCAACUCUUCGAGAUCAAGGAAGACGAAAAGGACGAUGGCAAGGGCGCUGCAUCCGGACAAAGUCAGAACGAGCGCAAAAACAACGAGCGUGGCCAGCUUCUCCGUCUCAACGAUGCACCCUUUGGCGAGGGCUGCACCAUCAGCUUCGUCAUGGUAUGGAUUGGCGUGUCUGCCUUGCAACUCAUUACCGCNCCUCUGGUAGAACCACGCUACUUUAUCCUGCCAUGGAUUAUGUGGCGAUUACGCGUUCCGCAAGCCCAUCCUGGUGCCUCGCUAAUGACGAGACCGACACACAAGAACUGGAAACAGUGGUGGGAUAAAGAAAGGCAAAGACGAAACAUCGAUCGCCAGAGCUGGGCGAGUUGGUUAUAUACUGUCUUGUGGGCAGAGCAUGAUCACAGACUUUACCUCGAGACGCUGUGGUUCAUCGUUGUCAAUGCGGGUGUGGGCUACAUCUUCUUGAACUGGGGUUUUGAGUGGCCGCAAGAGCCUGGAAAGACACAGAGAUUUAUGUGG